AUGGGUUGUUAUUUAUCUUCCCCAAUAACUUUAAAAGACACCGAAAAGGGUCAAAACAACCGUUUCGAAUAUACUGCUGUAGGUAUGCAAGGUUGGCGUACAAAUAUGGAAGACUCUCAUAUUGCUAAUUUAAAUUUCGACGGUGAAGACAAGUCCAUAUUUGGUGUUUUUGAUGGUCACGGUGGAAAAGAAGUCGCAAAAUUUGUAAAGAAAUAUUUCAUUUAAGAAUUAAAGGCUAACUAGUCAUAUAAAAUUGGGAAUUACACCUAAGCUCUUGAAGAUACAUUUUUUAAAAUGGAUUAAUUAAUAGCAAGUGCAGAUGGAAAGCGUGAACUAGAAAACUCAAAUUCAGGCUGUACAGCAAAUGUAUGUCUUAUUGUAAAUAAUAAAAUAUAUUGCGCUAAUAGUGGAGAUUCUAGAACUGUAGUAAGCCAAGGAGGAAAAGCUGUAGCACUUAGUGAAGAUCAUAAACCGGAUAAUUUAAAAGAAAAAGAAAGAAUCUAAAAAGCUGGAGGAGAUGUUUUUAAUGGAAGAGUUAAUGGAAACUUGAACCUUUCGAGAGCUUUAGGGGAUUUGGAAUAUAAAACUAACAUGGCGAAUUCAUAAAAUAAAGACCCCAAAAGCUUUCUUAUUACGGCCUUACCGGAUAUUAAGGAAUUUGAUAUCACCUAGGAAACUAAGUUUAUUGUUUUAGGAUGUGAUGGUAUCUGGGAAUGUAAAUCCAAUUAAGAAAUAAUUAAUUAUUUUAGUGAAAGUAAUACUAAUAUGCCUUUAGAUAAAAGAGCAGAAAAUUUCCUUGAUAGCAUUUUGGCAAGUUCUACUAUGGGAUGUAAUUCGGGUUUAGAUAAUAUGACUAUCAUUAUUGUUAAGAUUAAAAAUUGA